GUAUCCAUCACGUGUUUUUGUUGGAGACACGUAUUGUUAUUUUGCUGGAAUGACAUUUACAGUAGUAGGAAUUCUUGCACAUUUCAGCAAAACUUUACUAUUAUUUUUUAUACCACAAAUAUUCAACUUUAUAUAUUCUGCGCCACAAUUAUUCAAAUUGAUAGAUUGUCCGCGACAUCGCAUGCCAAAAUUUAAUCCAACAACGCAAAAGUUAAAUUAUAGCAAAGCUCACAUGAAAAAACCAUUAGGAAUCCCAGCAUUUGUUAUUCUCAAAAUUUUUUCAUCACUUGGUCUUGUUGAAAUAACUGAAUUAGAAAAUAGUAUUGAAGUAUCGCCUGGUACAUUUAUUUUAUGA